AGAAGGCGGGACUCGCUCAGACUGCUCUGAAUCAGGACGGAACGGAUCUCUUGAUGCGCUAAUGCCGAAGGAGCAAUUUCGCGUAGGCCUAUUUAUUUAUCAAUUUUAACGGCCCUUCAAUUUCCGAAACGAUGGUUUCUCACUCUCUUGCCCUGCCUAUGAUCUGUUUCACGACGUUAUGGGCUUUGGUUGGGGUUGUAGCUCCCUUCUUCGUACCCAAAGGACCAAACCGAGGGGUCAUCAUCACUAGUCUGAUUCUGACAGCGGUGUGCUGUUACCUGUUUUGGCUCAUAGCGAUCCUGGCCCAGGCGAACCCUCUGUUUGGACCUCAGCUGAAGAACGAGACCAUCUGGUACCUGCGCUACUUCUGGGAGUAGAGGCAGGGAUGAGGUUUGACCCCUGUGGCUGGACAUCUCUUCACCCGCUCACUCCAUCCCCUCCCCGCCCGCCCCGCCCCCCUCUACAUAUCGUCUGAUACAGUAGUACACAACCCCUCCACCUUUUUUUCAAGUGAUUUGUCUCGUCACUGAAACGUUCCACUGAAACAUUCCGGAACAUUUAGAAAGCAGCAGAUUGAGCCGGUCUCUUCCUUGAGUAAACGGGGUCAAAACGAGGUGAAUGUGUAGAAAGAAAGAGGCGAUGCUUUUAUUUUGAAGGGCCCUUCCAGGUAGAUAGUCACACAUCAACCGCCUGCUGUCACUGUUGCAUGUGACUGAGUCAAAGUGGGGAGACCCACUCAACUGUGUAAAGUCCUGCUGAUGGUUGCUACGGUGGGGGGGAGGGGUGGGGGGGAGGGAGGGCGCUUCAAAAUAUAUUGUUGUCUAGACGUAUGUUCAUGUUAGAUGUGGAAGUGUUAGACAAAAUGGAAGAGUGUAGAAAAGGACCCCCCUGAUCACAUGAUGGGCCCUGCGUUGACAUGACGGAAAGAUUACCGAAGGGAACGUUUGAAUGAUGGUGAUGAUGGUUUUGUUCUCAAGGUUAAUUGUGAUAAAUAAUUCAGAAAAUAGAUUGUUUUUUAUCAUGGCCAAGUCUGCUUUGUGAGCGCCAAAACAUCUAGUCUCAUGAGUUUCUUAUAGUUUUCAAGCUUGAGUACAGAAAUCUGAUUCCCAUCCCUGUUAAAAUAUGCUACUGUUUACAUCUAGUUUUAUUGUUUACGUGUCGUUAAUGAUCCGAGUAUUAAGUUAUGAGUAUCUAUGUUUAUGUAAAAUUCUUAUAUUUUUUUGUAUGUCCUUUAUCCAUCAUGCUUAAUCUGCACGGUGAAAGGACCAGGGACAACUGCAAUCUUGUUAUUAUGACUGUGUGUGAGUGUGUUAGUAAAAGCAGGCUACUUUACAGUGAGUUUGGAUAGCAGCCAUGGAAGGGAGAGGAAGUUCAAGAGCCUGUUCCACUUCAGACUCCAUUAAACCUGAUCAACACAGAGCUUCUUCAUCCUCCUCAGAUUCCCCCCCCCCCCCCCCCCCACACACACACACACACCCUCCCCAAGAAACAAGAUCUCUUGAGACAAUACAGUUGUUAAUAAUUUGAGUUGAUGCAGUUAACUCAUACUGUAAAUUGGGAUAAUCUCGUUUUUGUUGCCAUGGUGACGCCUCCCCCAUCCCCCAAAGCCCCCCCCCCCCCCCCGAUUUCCUCCCAUGCGGGCUCCAUGUCUUCACCUCAUUGGGAGGUAUUGGCCGCCUGCUUGGGAGCGCAGGACGAGCGAGGGGUUGGCGUGACGACCAGACCUCCACCACCGCUACAGCCUUCCCCCCAGAGACGCUGCCACUGGCCUCUGAAAACACUCUGCUUCAGCCAAAAAUGAACUCAGAUAGAAACUUAGAUCAAUAUAUGUAUAUGUAUGCAGAUGCAUAUAUAUAUUAAAUAUACAGCUACUUUUUAGAAAGACCAAAUUAUGUUGUAUUCUUUCCUUUAGCCUCCCCUGUAGCGGUGGUAGUGGAACGGUCACAUUCACCAGGGCGAGAGAGGGGGAGGAAGGGGGGAGAGAGGGAUAUUUACUACGAAGGGGGAACUGUUUAUGCCCCCCCCCCUUCCUGGUCACCAUGGAAACUGAAACCCCAACCAGUGGAAUGAAAGAGGUAGACGACUACAUGUGUACAGUAAUGUAGAUUCUGUGUGUGAAGUGACGUCAUGGUUGUUCAUUGUAAAACCCAUAGUAAAGGUCUGGAUGUCUGGUAUG